AAAUCAAACAGUUGUUGAGGUAUAGAAACUGGCUUGAUGGCAUAGCAGUGAAACCCAUGCCAGCGGCAAUAAAAGCUACGCACCUAGAAGACAACUCAAAGGCCAUGCUUGAAACAAUCCACGUCACAAAAAGAUAAGAUAGCGUAGAAAGAUCAAACGGAGGGGAACCCGUGACCGACUGACUCUCUCUCACUCGGACAUUGCCGGUAUGGCGGAGGUUAACGGCCGCAUCAUCGAUACCAUUGUGCAGAUGCCCUACGACGCAACCGUACGUUUUAUGCUUGCUUCUCUCGAGCGCAACUUGCUGCCUGACGCCGUUGUGCGCCGCCUCACUCGUCUGCUUCUCGCUAGUCGCCUCCGCUCAGGAUACAGAUCCUCCGCGGAACUCCAGUUGUCCGACCUCCUUCAAUUUGCGCAUUCUUUGAGAGAAAUGCCAAUAGCAAUCAAGACGGAAAAGCCAAAGUCUCAGCACUAUGAAGUUCCAACGUCUUACUUCAAGCUUGUCCUUGGAAAGCAUUUAAAAUACAGCUGCUGCUUCUUUCCCAACAAGUCGAGCACCUUAGAGGAUGCUGAGAAGGCAAUGCUAGAGUUAUACUGUGAGAGGUCACAGAUAAAAGAUGGUCAAUCAGUCCUUGAUGUUGGUUGUGGCUGGGGAUCUCUUUCUAUAUACAUAGCACAGAAGUACCCCAAUUGCCAGGUUACGGGGAUUUGCAAUUCAAUAACCCAGAAAGCACAUAUUGAGGAGCAGUGCCGGGAACUUCAGUUGCAGAAUGUGGAGAUAAUUGUAGCAGAUAUCAGCACAUUUGACAUGGAAGCUUCAUAUGACAGAAUAUUUUCCAUUGAAAUGUUUGAGCAUAUGAAAAACUAUCAGGAUCUUCUUAAGAAGAUAUCGAAGUGGAUGAAACCAGACAGUUUUCUGUUUGUCCAUUAUUUUUGCCAUAAAACAUUUGCUUACCACUUUGAGGACGUAAAUGAGGACGACUGGAUCACUAGGUACUUCUUUACUGGAGGUACAAUGCCUUCUGCAAACCUGCUCCUUUAUUUUCAGGACGAUGUGUCUAUAGUUAAUCAUUGGCUUGUGAACGGCAAGCAUUAUGCACAGACAAGCGAGGAAUGGCUUAAGAGAAUGGACCAGAACUUGAAUUCUAUAAAGCCAAUAAUGGAAUGCACUUAUGGCAAAGAUUCAGCGGUCAAAUGGACAGUCUACUGGAGAACAUUUUUCAUUGCAGUUGCAGAAUUAUUUGGCUACAACAAUGGAGAAGAGUGGAUGGUUGCUCAUUUCCUUUUCAAGAAGAAAUAAAAAGCUACUGGAUCUAGAUUCAAAAACUGCUGCUAAGUAUACAAAAGAACUGACCCAUUUGGUCGAAACUCAUCAUGUUAUUGUAGCUGAUGGCAAUGGUUUUAAGUAAGGUCGCGCCUUACAAGGGAUUGCCUCUCUCAAAUAAUUGGCAUGUAGUGUAUUGGGACUUCUUUUUAUGCAAAAUUGCAAGAACAACUUCGGCUCCUGAGUAAAGAAACAGUUCCAGAAACAGCUGAUCAAUAUGCCCUAAGUAUGGAUACAACAGUGAAGAUAUCAUAGAAAAAUUUCUCUUAAUUGAAAAAUUACAUGACUAGAUGAACUCCCCCCUAUAGACCAUACUGCUAGUCGUACUGGACUCCCAACACUCUGAUUGAUCACAAUAUGCAGGGAUCCCCAAUCAAUCAAUAGCCACGGUAGUAU